UCCGGUUUCAUUCUGUUGACAUUUGCAAUACACAAAUUGUGCGUUGCUAAUCUCUUGUUGUGACCGGUAUAUAGACAGAGGCAAACAUGUCAGGAAGAGGCGGAAAGAAAAAAGCAAAGAUUUUAUCAAAAUCAGCACGGUCCGGCGUGCUGUUUCCUGUUGCUAGAAUGCAAAGAUACUUGAAAAGAGACACUCAUCAUUUCCGUAUCGGGUCAGGUGCCCCUGUGUAUAUGGCUGCAGUUAUUGAGUAUUUGACAGCUGAGAUUUUAGAGCUUGCAGGAAAUGCUGCUCGUGACAACAAGAAGACUCGAGUAACCCCAAGACAUAUACUCCUAGCUGUGGCAAAUGAUGAAGAACUUCAUCAGAUGCUUAAACAUGUAACAAUAGCCUCAGGUGGUGUAAUACCUCGCAUACAUCCGGAACUUCUUGUGCGGAAAAAAGGUGGUAAAGUAGUGCUUCCCUCAGCUUCAAAACCAGCAGCAGCCUCAAAACCAGCAGCAAAGACUACAAACUUACUGAAAACCACAAAUAAGAAAGCUAAAGCUCCAGCACCACCUCCAACACCAACAAAGGCAGCAGCUAAAGGGGCCAAGAAAGGGGGAAAGAAGGGGAAGGCUGCUGGGAGUGACAGUACAGAUUCUGCUCCAGCAGCUAAAGGGACAACAGCCGGAGGGUUCACCAUACUUCACGAGAAAAAACUCUUUCUGGGACAAAAGCUGACAGUAUUACAGGGUGAUAUUGUCAAGGUUACAGCAGAUGCCAUUGUUCACCCAACUAGCAGCAAUUUCUAUAUGGGAGGAGAAGUUGGUUCAGCAUUGAAGAAAGCAGGUGGUAAUGAGUUUCAGGAUGAAAUAAAGUCACUACAGUCGUCUCAUGGCUCACUCGACACUGCCAGUGCUGCAAUAUGUCAAGGAAAGAAUUUCCCAGCAAAAUACGUUAUCCACGUAAACAGUCCUGGCUGGGGAUCAAGCAAUGCACAGCAGUUACUGGAUACUGCCACUAAAAAUGUUCUCAAAUUAGCCGACGAGAAAAAUUUGAAAUCUGUAGCUAUUCCAUCAAUUAGUAGUGGAAAUGCUGGAUUUCCAAAGCAGACAGCAGCACAGAUUAUUCUACGUGCCAUCAGCAGCUACUUUGCUUCGAGCAUGGCAAGUUCUAUCAAGCAGGUGUAUUUUGUUCUCUUUGAUGUAGAGAGUGUCACAGUGUAUACAACAGAGCUUCAGAGACUCGACUCAUGAACUAUCCACUACCAUCUGUAGAUGUCAUUGGUUGAGACAGAACUCACGAAACUGUCCACUACUAUUUUACAUUUUUUACUGUUUGUUUGAUAGGAUAUUUAUAUAAAUUAUUGGUGAUGUUCAUAGAAAUGCCUGUUUUAAUUAUUGUUGACUUUAUGUUUGAUAGACAUUAUGGUGUUUAUUGUCUGUUGUUAUGAUAAUAAUGUUGAUGUAAGGUGUACAUCAUUCAAAUUUAUGGGAAACAUCUUAGGAAUGCAUAUAGAUAGAGAAAUGAAUUUAGAAAGUGAACAAAAGAAAAAAAAAUUCCCACGUAUACUUUUUCUUCGCCCUAGUACGGUAUCUUAACCAGAUAAACAAAAG